AUUGGAAAACCCUGCUUUGAACCGGGCCUCUCGCCCUCGCCUUCGCAGUCGCUCUCCCUUGUUCGGCCUCCAACCCUUGGGUCUCACCCUCACCGUCUCAGCAACGCAUCACUCAGUCUCAACUCUCGGUCGGCGUCGAUCGGCCUUCUUUCUAUUCCGCCCUUCUUCAUUCUUCGUCUUCUUCAACGGUGGCAGAGUAGCAGACUGGGAGUGGGAGCUCGAACUCGAGUUCGUCUUCGUCUUCUUCACUCUUCACUAAGCUCAGCAUCGAUCGACGUUUACGUUCUUCACUCUUCUCUCACCUUCGUCUCCUUCACCCUUCUUAUCUUCGUCUUAUCCUCCCACUUCCAGCGAAAAUCGAAGGGCGCUUCCAGUUCGGAAACCCUGGGAGAACAUCUCCAGGCCGAUGAUGAGACUCUUCAACGCGAGGCCUCUCCAAUUUACGGUGAAGAAGAGGAAGUUGCUGUAAAUCCCCAAAUAAAGAGGAAGAGGAAGAAGAAACUUUUGGAGGGUAACUCUGGGUUUGCGCUGGAGGAAAAGGAGAUUAAUGCUUCGAAGGAAACCGGUUCACAUUCCUAUGAUGAGAAAACGGGUGCCAUAAAAAACAAAAUAAAGAAGCGGUUGUUGAAGGAGGCAGAGAAGGCCGAUAAGCGUGGUGUCUGCUAUUUGAGUCGGAUUCCCCCGCAUAUGGACCAUCUAAAGCUUCGGCGUAUUCUCUCUCCAUACGGUGACAUUCAAAGGAUUUAUCUUGCUCCUGAAGGAGCUUCUGCUGCUCCAGCACCUUCAAAGCCGUCACGUAAACCUCGAGACCAAGUAUUUUCAGAAGGAUGGGUUGAAUUCACCAAUAAAAGAGUAGCAAAGAAAGUUGCUAAUAUGCUAAAUGGUGAACAGAUAGGGGGAAAGAAGAGGUCUUCAUUCUACUAUGACCUUUGGAAUAUUAAAUACUUGAGUAAAUUCAAAUGGGAUGAUCUGACUGAAGAACUUGCCUUCAAGAAAGCCAUUCGGGAGCAAAAACUAGCUGUAGAACUUUCUGCUGCAAAAAGAGAGAGGGAUUUCUAUCUUUCUAAAGUUGAUCAGUCACGUGCUUUGAGUUCUAUAGAGGAACGACUAAAGAAGAAGCAGAAAGUUAAACAAGAUUCGGGAAAAAUUGCUAAAGUAACUCGCCAUUUCCCUCAGAAAAAACCAAUGUCUGCUAAUGCUGAUGGGAAUAAACCCGGACUCUCUGAUGAUAUAUUGGAUGCGGUAUUUGGUGGUUUGUAAUGCAUGUCUUGAUAUCUUUCACUAUCAUUAGCCAAUUUUGUUCAAUACUAGGGACACAGCGUGUACACUGUCUCCCAACCGGUUGAUUGUUGCUAGCUUACUUAUGAUGUAUUUUCAUGAUUCAGCCGUGAUUCCUCUUAACACAAUUUUCUUUUCGUCCAGCUAAGGUUUUGUAGGAAAAUCAAAUUUAAAACCAUGUGAGUGUACCAGGUUACGUAGCCUAAUUGUUCAACAUUCUGUUUGCUGUGAUGAAACGAUCCAAUUAUGAGUUGCAGAGUAAAGGUAUAAAUAUAUGAAGAAUAAUUGUAUA